GUGAAUAAUCCACGGGCAUUUAUUUUUAGAAGCUCUCUCGGUCGCUACGCACUUCAUGUAGCCUACUACAACACAGCCCAUAUUCUUCUGGUCAAUAAUUGAAACGGGUUUGGUACAUUGGAUUGGAACACAACACCCGAGCGCACAGCGUAAAGACGCGCAGGCCUAUACCGUAGUGUGAUGUUUCAAGCUAUAUCCGGAAUUUGGAGAUGCCCACCUUUGCCAAUGAGGCAUCACCACUGCUCACGAGGAUCCCUUCCAGAGGAACCGUGUGUCCUGAUCCCAGGCUGCAUGGUCUCGGAAUACCAGGAAAAGUACCCUGCCUACUGCACCACUGUUGUCCGGGCAGCCAAGAAGCAGAAUAAUGAGUAUCAGCGUCUGGAGGGAAGGAUAUCCAACAUGACUACUUUCAAGUCAGACUACGUGGCCCAUGAAGUGACCCAGAGGCCCCCAAAGGUCACGAAGGUGUAUGUGCCACCUGACGGGAGAAUGAGACACAGCAGCACCUACGCCAGGGACUACCCAACACACCCUGUUCAGAAGCACAUCGUGACCAAGCCAGAAGAGUAUCAUCCGCCCACAGCAAAGAUGGUCGCUCAGUCCUUAUACAAAGGGGAAUUCCGAGCAUGGCACAACCAGAAAGUCCAACCCUACAGGACCUGUGACAACCUGAAGCUGAACGACGGCAAGUUCGAGGUGACCACCACCUUCCAAGACGACUACUGCCACAAGGGCCCAGCUGAGGCCAGGGAGAGCUUCAAACCGGCUGCUGACGCCCGGGAGACCCUGCACUUUGACGGCGCCACCAACUACCAGACGCAGUAUGUCCCCCACCCGGUCCAGCCCAGGCAGCCCAAAGAGAGGGCCGUCUACAGGCCCACCAGCGCCCCCCUCAAUGGGGUCUCCACCCACAGGCAGGAUUACCGGGGCCUGCCAGCUGAGCCCGCCAAGCCCUUUAGGGCCAAGGUGGCCUGGGAGAGCAGCCCGGCUGUAUUCCAGGGGACCAGUGAGUUCCGCGACCAGUACAAGGCCUGGCCCCUGCAGCCCAAGCACCGGCACCAGGCUGAGGAGUACUGCCCACCCGAGGGCACUAUGGUCGGUCUGUCCACAGCUCAUGCUGACUAUGUCGACCACGAGAGCCAGCAGCGGCCCCAGUCCGCCCGUCCCCCAGUCGAGGCCUGGACAAAGGAGGCCAGAGAGCCCCUCCAGACCAGGUCCACCAUGAAGGAGGACUACCGGACCUGGGACGUGGUCCGUCGUCCCCCCAUGGUCUAUGCAGAUGAGCUAGAGAAACCCAAGGGGGCUUUCGCCAACACCACCACCUUCCGCUCAGCAUACACGCCCAAGACGGCCCAGCGCGCCACCAGCUUUAAACCCACCCAGAAGCUGCUGAGCCCCCAGACCAUGGAUGAAGACUCCAUCUAUCGCUCCACCUACACACCCAAGGAAAUCCCACCUUGUCCAGCCCGGGAUGGCUGUCCUCCUGGCUUUGAGUACAGCUCCAUGGGGGCUGGAGGACACAGGCUGUACCGAACCAUCUCGGUACAGAAAACGGGGCUGAGUCAGCUGGCCGCUGCAACGUCCGAUAAGCCCUCUUACUCCCACAGCAGAAAGAGCUGCAGGGUCCCCAGCCGAGCCAAGAGGGCGCCAUAGAGUCCCGAUCACAAACCUGCACACACACAGAUAGCUAGAGGGGAUUCUUAUAUUUCUAUUCAAAUAUAUUAAUAGACAUUUUAGAUGAAUUCAUCAUGAGCACCUCAGGUAUUUUGUAUGGUCACUCACAUAAAAAAAAAUGCAUAAUC